AUGUCUCAUUCCCGGCGCGGGGCGCCUCUGAAUGAGCAGCGGCCAUCCAAAAUCCGUAAACAGACUCAUCAAGGUCCCCUCUUCGCUACGGGUCCCGUCCCUCCUGGCUCUGACGCCUUCGCCUCGUUGCCGCCUUGUUGGCCGCCUGUAGAUGACUCCUUCGUCGACACGCAGUUCUACAGUGGGCCGGUUAUCUUCGGGGAGAAUGCCUGGUCCCAAAGUCAGGGAAUCAGUCAGGUAGACCAGAAAUUUGCCAAAUCUCUGCCGGCUGGUAACCAAUUGGGACUUGACAUCUUUCAGCCUGCUUCUGAGGCACCUCCGCCGGCUUUAAGCACUGUCAGUAGCGUCACAUACUCUUCGCCCUCCAUCAUCUCCCAGCCGUCAUCGGCUGGCUCUGGUCUGUCACCCACACGUACGGAUAUGCCAUACGACUGGCCAGCCCCUAGGUCAGCGACUUGCUCUCGCGGGCCGUCCCCAACGCAGCAGACGGUGGAGCGUGCCCAGAGUCGAUUUGUCUGUCUAGGCCCUCACUGUGACGAGGCGUUUGACCAAGAAAAGGACCUCAAGAGCCACUUCAAAGCGGUUCAUACCCAUACUUGCAACUGGGCAGAUUGCGACCAACCGAGCUUCUCUUCCAAAGACGGCUUAACUUGGCAUGUCAAGCUGGAACAUCUCCUCAUCUGCCCAGCUCCGGGCUGUACCGAGAGCUCGUUCCAGAGCAAGAGGAUCCUUGAAUGUCAUAUCAAGUGGGCACACCCUACUGCCAACGAAGCCAAGGCGAACAACUCUCAGUCAGAUGCAAAGCUGAUGGCACCGACUAUGGCUGCUAGCAAUUCGUCUCAAGGUAGCCUUGCCGGGGCAGCGUCUGCUCAAAAGGACGCCUUGGAGGACAGGGCCAUCAAGCAGAUCCUUUCGGUUGCAGUGUCUAAGAAGAAGUGUCGUGAACAGCUUCGCGCAGUUGUUGAGAGGAGAUAUAAGAAACAGAAUGGCCAGACACCCCGUGCCGCAGACAGUCCCAGCGAUCUCUCCAGAGCAAGAUGCUCCCGUCUCGUCGAAAACGCCAGCUUCCCUCUAAUAUGGGAACAUGGUGUUCUACCGUUCCUAGUAGAGUUCAUCCCGAAAUGGUGCGGCCCAAACCAUGUCGUCAGCGUCACUCGUGGCAAGGCCCCCGGUUCCCGUCGUGUCUGUAUCAUGACCAAGACAAAGCCCUCGCGAGCGCGCCGUGUCAUCAUUGCGGCCCACGUGAGAGAUCUGCUACCCGAAACCCAACGCACUGCAAUUACCUUCGCCUUUUCCACGGGCUCAGUGGACCGCCUUGUUUGGGCUCGCGGUCUGGGCAAGGACAUGCCGGAUGAGAUCUGCAUGGCCAGGAACCCAUAUUGCUUCAAAGACCCAUGUAUGGGUGACAGCAUCGGAAUUGCAGGCACCGACGAUUUCAAAGAGAGUACUUCGACCCUCGGGCCGUGCUUGAUCAUUGGUGGCGGUAGCUACUGGCUUGCCAACUUCCACCCCUUUGUCGACGCAUACCAGCACCUCGGAGAGAUGUCUGUGGAGCACCCAUCACCAGGCGACCGCGCUCGUUGUCUUGACGAACGGCACGAUGCCAUGGAGGAAUCUGCAGACUUUGUUCUUGGGGAUCUCACUGCAACAUCGGGCAUUGAUUUGAAGACAACUCGCAUUUCUCACGACCCAUACUGGGAAGAAUGCUGCAAAGAGCCGCCUUUGAUCGUGACCGACUGGAUCCUAAUCGCUGCAAAAACACGCCAGGCAAAUAUUUUGCGCCGCUUCCCGUCCGAGACCAUGCCCCUCCUCAAAGAGAUCCCUGUCAAGGCCACUUCGGCCGUUGUUCCAGGCGCUCCAGUCGUUUCCACUGGCCGAACGUCAGGCCAACAACGGGGUCAGGUUUGCGAAAUCCCGGCCUACGUCAGCGCAGAUGAGAACGGUACGGGGAAGGCAACGAGAGAGUGGUUUAUUGAGGAGCCGUCUCCUUAUGACGACGAGGAUGAGUGGAUCCGUGGUGGUAUUGGCGUCGAAGGCGACAGCGGAGCCGCUGUCGUAGAUGCAGAAACCAACGCACUUGUUGGCCAGCUUUGGGGACGAAACAAGUACUUCGGACCUGGUCCACGAUUAACAUUCUUCACACCAGUUGGCGACUUAUUCGAUGACAUCCAGGAGAGAUGCGACCAACAAGGACGGCCUCAGCUUCCGCAAUACCGAGAUGAGUCUGAUUGCUAUCCCGUCUAUCCCAGCUGUCGUCAGUGCUACGACUUGCGGACAUACCUCGAUAGCAGACGCAGCUCGCGCGAAUCGCUACGCUCCAUGAUCGGACGAAACGAAAGCGACCACGGCGAUCUGACGUCUAUCGAAGGCACAUCGGAGCUCGCGACACCGAAAGACCACCUGUUCUGGUCCCGUCACACUGGUGUCGAGGAGGUUGGCUCGUCUUUCAACAGCAUCAUGUCCCCAACAGCCCCACCGACCUUUGGCUUCGCACCGCAGCCGGGUACACCAGGCAUCGUGGACGUCAAGAGCCCGUACGCCCUGACACUAAGUGCCGAGGAUCUCUAUGACGACGAAGGCUUAACGUCGGGCGCUGCCUCUGGUAAGCAUGCGGCGGUGCCAUUGAUGCGAAGUUCAAGUCAGGGCGCCAAAAGGCAAAGAUUACAUUAG